AUGAAGGAAGUACAGGCCUUGCUUCUUUUCUCUUCCCAAAGGACCAAUUCUGAAGGUAGCAUCUUCAAGGGAUCCAGAGAUGACCAUCAUGGCUACAGCUACAUUGUCAGUAUGAUGCAGAGUUCUGGGGGCAUGGCUGAAACUUCCACUUCUCCAACAACUUCUGUCCGCACAUCUGAAACACCUACAGCAGAGUCAUCUUCCUCUCUCACAUCUUCUGGAUCCUUCUCAUCGAUUACAUCUACAACAGAAACUUCCACUUCUCCAACAACUUCUUCAUCUUCCUCUCUCACAUCUUCUGGAUCCCUCUCAUUGACUACAUCUACAACAGAAACUUCCACUUCUCCAACAACUUCUGUCCCCACAUCUGAAACAUCUACAGCAGAGUCAUCUUCCUCUCUCACAUCUUCUGGAUCCCUCUUAUCGACAGCAUCUACAACAGAAACUUCCACUUCUCCAAAAACUGCUGUCCCCACAUCUGAAACAUCUACAGCAGAGUCAUCUUCCCCUCUCACAUCUUCUGGAUCCCUCUUAUCGACAGCAUCUGCAACAGAAACUUCCACUUCUCCAACAAUUUCUGUCCCCACAUCUGAAACAUCUACAGCAGAGUCAUCUUCCUCUCUCACAUCUUCUGGAUCCCCCUCAUCGACUACAUCUACAACAGAAACUUCCACUUCUCCAACAACUUCUGUCCCCACAUCUGAAACACCUACAGCAGAGUCAUCUUCCUCUCUCACAUCUUCUGGAUCCCCCUCAUCGACUACAUCUACAACAGAGACUUCCACUUCUCCAACAACUUCUGUCCCCACAUCUGAAACACCAACAGCAGAGUCAUCUUCCUCUCUCACAUCUUCUGGAUCCCCCUCAUCGACAGCAUCUGCAACAGAGACUUCCACUUCUCCAACAACUGCUCAUCUACAACAGAAACCUCCACUUCUCCAACAACUGCUGUCCCCACAUCUGAAACAUCUACAGCAGAGUCAUCUUCCUCUCCCACAUCUUCUGGAUCCCCCUCAUCGACAGCAGCUACAACAGAAACCAUCUGCAACAGAGACUUCCACUUCUCCAACAACUUCUGUCCCCACAUCUGAAACAUCUACAGCAGAGUUAUCUUCCCCUCUCACAUCUUCUGGAUCCUUCCAAUUGAAUACAUCUACAACAGAAACUUCCACUUCUCCAACAACUCAUCUACAACAGAAACCUCCACUUCUCCAACAACUGCUGUCCCCACAUCUGAAACAUCUACAGCAGAGUCAUCUUCCUCUCCCACAUCUUCUGGAUCCCCCUCAUCGACAGCAGCUACAACAGAAACCAUCUGCAACAGAGACUUCCACUUCUCCGACAACUUCUGUCCCCACAUCUGAAACAUCUACAGCAGAGUCAUCUUCCUCUUUCACAUCUUCUGGAUCCCCCUCAUCGACAGCAUCUACAACAAAACCUUCCACUUCUCCAACAACUUCUACUUCCACCUCUCCCACGUCUUCCAUGUUCCCCUCAUCAACAUUAUCUAGAAGUGCUACUUCCACCCCUCCCACACCUUCUGUAAUCUCCUCAUCUACAGCAUCUACAGCAUCUGUAGCAGAGACCUCAACAUCUACCGCUUUUGUGGCUCCCACAUCCGUUGAUGUCCAUCAGACGCAAAGCCCUACCCAGCAGUCCAUGUUUCCUACCUCUAGUAUUGCACUCAUAACUCAUCAGGUCACAGAAUCUACCCAGCCUGUAUCAAGUAUACCAACAGAUCAGCCCCAUGAAAACACCACGAUUCUACAGACCACAACUCUGACUCCUACAUCAAGGCUCCAUGAAACACCUCCACCCCCAACUGUGUUGCCAACCACCACCACCACCGCAUCUCCUGGGAUCCAAAACUUCACGGUGAACUUCACCACCACCAGCCUCAAAUAUAGGUCAGAGAUGGCUGACCCUAACUCAAGAGUGUUCAACUCUACAGCCAGAGUUAUGAGCAGACUGCUUCAUCAAAUGGUGGGGGGAGAGAACAACGAACUUGGGAUUCUUGGGUGUCAACCCACAGGUUUUCGAUCAGUAAGAAACGGAAACGAAACCGGUGUGGACGCCAUCUGCACUUACAGAUAUGACUCCACGUUUGACAGAGUGAAAAUGUACGGUGAAAUAGUUGACCGGACUCAGAAUUUCACCAAGACAGGCCCCUACCUCUUGGACAGAGACAGCCUCUAUGUCAAUGGGUUCCAUGAAACACCUCCACCCACAACUGUGUUGCCAACCACCACGACCACCGCAUCUCCUGGGACCCAAACCUUCACGGUGAACUUCACCAUCACCAGCCUCAAAUAUAGGUCAGAGAUGGGUGUCCCGAACUCAAGAACAUUCAGCUCUACAGCCAGAGUCGUGAGCAGACUGCUUCAUCAAAUGGUGGGGAAGGACAGCAACGAACUUGGGAUUCUUGGGUGUCAGCCCACAGGUUUUAGAUCAUUAAGAAAUGGAAACGAAACCGGUGUGGACGCCAUCUGCACUUACAGAUAUGACUCCACGUUUGACAGAGUGAAAAUGUAUGGUGAAAUAGUUGCCCGGACUCAGAAUUUCACCAAGACAGGCCCCUACCUCUUGGAGAGAGACAGCCUCUACGUCAAUGGGUUCCAUGAAACACCUCCAACCACAACUGUGUUGCCAACCACCACGACCACCCCAUCUACUGGGAUCCAAGACUUCACGGUGAACUUCACCAUCACCAGCCUCACAUAUAGGUCAGAGAUGGGUGUCCGUAACUCAAGAAGGUUCAACUCUACAGCCAGAAGUGUGAGCAAAGUGCUUCAUCAAACGAUAGAGGCAAGCAGCAAUGAACUUACGAUUCUUGGGUGUCAAGCCACAAGUUUUAGAUCACUGGAGGAUGGGGACCACACGGGUGUGGAUGCCAUUUGCACCUACAGAAAGGACUCCCCCACUGACCGGAAGCAGAUAUAUCAUGGAAUAGUUAACACCACAAAUGGUUUCAUGAAGAUGGGACCCUACCAGCUGGACCAGAACAGCCUUUACGUGAACGGUUAUAAAGAAUCAGCCUCCAAAGCUUAUGUCUCUUACUCACUGCUUACUCUACUCACUACCACUGUUGCUACCACUACCAAGACUCAAACCCUUGGCAACCUGCGUUAUACAACUGACUUGGGAAAGCAUGGAUCCCGGAAAUUCAGCUCCACAGAAAGAGUCAUACGAUAUUAUUGGGACUUCCAUGAGCCACCUGAUCACCAUCCCUGCCCAGUGGUCUCAGCCGAGAGGCAGACAUUGCCCCAGUUCAGCUUGGGUCAGCUGAGGAUACCCCUUGGGGUGUAA